GGCAGUCAGCGGCCUCGAGGCGGUGCGCGCACGCAUGCCAACGCCUCACCUCUACUUUUAUACAUCCAAUUAAAAAAUACCGCGAUUAUAUCAACUUUCUUCCUAAAACAUGUCUUCUUAACUUCAAUGUGUUAUAUUCAAGUGCUAUCAGUGAAAUUUGUAUGUAAUUUUCAGUGUAUCAUAUGAAAAAUAUCUUCGUCUGUGUAUAUGUAAAGUGGUUUACGAUUGAUACUUUUUUGUUUGUCCGUCUGUUGGUAAUAGCCGUGUUCUGAAGAAAUGGGUUUAUAAUUGGUCUAAAUCCAUCGUGAUGAUUCGAUUUAGAGGAAUAUAACAACACGAACAUGUCGCAGAGGGAUUUUUCAGAGGUGGAGCCCACGGGCUCCGCGUCUCUGGGGGCGGCGUCCCGGGCGCUCUUCGUGGAGAAGGUGCGGGCCUCCAACGCGGCCUGCCAAGCCGGGGACUUCGCCACCGCCGUUGCUUUAUACACCGACGCACUUACGCUUGACCCCGCCAACCAUAUACUGUAUAGUAAUCGGUCCGCAGCUCGGUUAAAACAAGGGCAGUUUGCAGCAGCCCUGCAGGAUGCGACCAGGGCCAAGGAGCUAUGUCCCAACUGGCCGAAAGCUUAUUAUAGACAAGGUGUAGCCUUACAAUGCCUCGGCCGACACGGCGAGGCACUGGCCGCCUUCAGCUCUGGACUUGGCGUCGAGGGAUCCUCAAGACAGCUACUGGCCGCACUAGUAGAGGCUUCACUCAAGUCUCCUCUAAGAGCCACAUUGGAACCCACUUUCAGACAACUAGAGGCUAUGAAACUGGAUCAGUCGCCUUUCGUUCUCAUUUCUGUGGUGGGGCAGGAGCUACUGGCAUCGGGCCAGUACCAAGCGGCUGUCACCGUCCUGGAAGCUGCCUUGAGAGUGGGCUCAUGUUCCCUAAAAUUAAGGGGUUCAGUAUUCAGCGCGCUGUCGUCAGCCCACUGGGCGCUCAGCCAACUAGACGCAGCCAUCAACUACAUGCAGCAAGACUUGGCCGUGGCGAAGUCCCUGGGCGACACGGCUGGCGAAUGCCGCGCGCAUGGCAACCUGGGGGCCGCGUACUUCAGCCAGGGCUCUUAUAAAGAUGCUCUGACGGCGCAUCGGUACCAGCUCGUUUUGGCGAUGAAAUGCAAGGACACGCAAGCAGCGGCAGCCGCACUAACAUCCUUAGGGCACGUGUACACUGCCAUCGGUGACUACCCCAACGCACUCGCCAGCCACAAACAGUGCGUGCAACUGGUUAAGCAGAUGGGUGACCGAUUGCAAGAAGCCAGGGAGAUCGGCAACGUGGGCGCUGUUUACUUGGCGAUGGGUGAAUUUGAUUCAGCUGUAGAUUGCCACACGCAGCAUCUAAGGCUGGCUAGAAGACUUGGAGAUCAGGUGGAAGAAGCCAGAGCAUAUUCGAACUUAGGGUCUUCGUACCACUACCGUCGGAACUUCUCCCAGGCUAUAGCAUAUCAUGAGAACGUCCUGCGGAUAGCACAGAACCUCGGCGACCGCGCUAUUGAAGCUAGGGCUUACGCGGGGCUCGGUCAUGCUGCAAGAUGCGCCGGCGACUACGCACAGGCGAAGAAGUGGCAUGAACGGCAGCUGGACGUGGCCCUCGCGGCCAGAGAUAAGGUGGGGGAAGGGCGGGCGUGCUCCAACUUGGGGAUCGUGUACCAGCUGCUGGGGGAACACGACGCCGCUCUCAAGCUACAUCAAGCACAUCUUUCCAUUGCGAGGCAGUUACAGGACAAAGCCGGCAUGGGUCGAGCGUACGGGAACAUCGGCAACGCAUACUCUGCCGCUGGUUUCUACGAACAAGCCAUCAAGUACCACAAGCAAGAACUGACGAUAUCCAAGGAGGUCCAUGACAGAAGUUCCGAAGCUUCUACCCAUGGGAACCUAGCUGUGGCGUACCAGGCGCUGGGAGCGCAUGAUAUGGCGCUGUUUCAUUACAGAGCGCAUUUGGGUAUAGCAAGAGAGCUGAAAGACGCUGCGGGAGAAGCCUGCGCUCUCCUGAACCUCGGCAACUGUCUCUCGUCGCGAGGGGAGUUCUCCCAAGCCGUGCCCUACUACGAGCAGCAUCUGAUGCUGUCCCAGGAGCUGGGGGACGUCACUGCUGAAGCCAAGGCGUGCCACUUCCUGGGAUACGCGCAUUAUUGUCUGGGGAAUUAUAGAGAAGCUGUAAGAUAUUACGACCAAGACCUCUCACUAGCCAAAGACCUUCAAGACAAGAUGAACAUGGGCCGCGCGUACUGCAACCUUGGUCUGGCCCACCUCGCCCUGGGCAACUUGGAAACAGCUUUGGAGUGCCAGAAGUACUUCCUGGCUAUAGCCCAUAUGACCCAGCAUCUUCAGGGCAAGUUCAGGGCUCUGGGCAAUAUUGGGGAUGUGCUGAUCAAAAUGGGUGAUGUUGAAGAGGCAGUCAAGAUGUACCAGAGGCAGCUUGGAUUUGCUAGACAAGCUCGCGAUAGAUCUCUAGAAGCAGCCGCCUGCGGAGCACUUGGUUUGGCAAGGAGAUUGCAGAGGAGACUUGACGCGGCUUUGGGGCAUCAUACACAGGAGCUCACAUUACGUCAAGAAGCAGGAGACGCGGCCGGCGAGGCCAGAGCUCAUUCACAUCUUGGUGCCGUCCACAUGGCUCUAGGACACUAUUCGCACGCUGCUAGAUGUUACAGGGAACAAUUAGAACGAGCUCAAGAAUUACAAGACUGUGCUUUGGAAGCUCAAGCGUACGGAAAUUUAGGUAUAGCGAAACUUAACAUGGGACAUUACGAAGAUGCCAUUGGGUAUUUGGAACAGCAACUAGCAAUCCUAGAAAGAGUGAACACGCCGACGUGUCAGCUGGAGAAGGCGCGGGCGCUGGGCUCGCUGGGGGACUGCUACGACGCGCUGGGCGACCCGGAGGAGGCGGCCAAGUACCACGACCAGCACCUGGCCGCGGCUCUCAAGCUGGACAACGCCAGGGAGCAGGAGAGGGCGUAUCGCGGACUUGGAUUGACUCACAAAACCAUCGGGAACCUCCAACAAGCGCUGGUGUGCCUGGAGAAGAGGCUGGUAGUGUCCCACGAGCUGGGGCUGCCGGAAGCCAAGGCCCAGGCGUACGGGGAGCUCGGGGCCUUGCACAUCGCGCUCAACAACCUCGACCAAGCCGUGUCCUGUCUGGAGCAUCAGAAGAAUAUUGCCAAGGAACUGAACAAUCAGAUAAUGGAGGCGGAGGCGUGCCACUCGCUGGGGCUGGCGCAGCACGCGCGCGGCGACCACGCCGCCGCCGUGCGCCACCACCGCGCCGAGCUCGAGCUGGCGCACCGCCUCGGUCUUACACAUCUGCAGGCGCGGGCUUGCGGCGGCCUGGGCGCGGCGCACGCGUCCACGGGCGCUCACGCCGAGGCGGCGCGCUGGCACGAGUCGCGGCUCAGGCAUGCUACUGCUGCUGGAGAUUCAAGAGGGCGAUCUCAAGCGCUUGCAGACCUGGGCCGCGCGCACCUCGCCAUGGGCGCUUGCGGCAGCGCCGUCUCUUACCUGAGGCAAGCGCUCGCCGCCACGGAGGGCUUGGCUGAUGUUGAUGAGGAGGCUCGAGUCCGGCACAGACUGGGCUUUGCUCUAUGGGCCUCCGGCGAGCUGGAGGAGGCGAAGGAACAGCUGCAAGCGGCCCUCGCGGUGCUGGAGUCGGGCGGAGAGAAACACCGUGACAGGAAGGUCGUCGCUCUGUACACUUCCACGCACCACGCUUUGCAGAGAGUGCUUGUCGAACUAGGGCGUCACCCCGAGGCGCUGGUGGUGGCGGAGCGCGGGCGCUGCCGCGCGCUGGAGCCCGCGGCCGACAGGCCCGCGGGCACGCUCAACCAGACCAACUUGGAACUCCACACCACACAGAGAGCAUCAUCGGAAGACCCGAGCAAGGACAGGUCGGAGCCCUGGAGCCCCUCCACAGUGGACCAGAUAUUGGAGGUGGUAAACAAACAGAAGGCCCCCGUGCUGUAUUACAGUUUGGCCGCGGGAAGGCUGUACUCCUGGCUCCUGCAGCCACACAAGGGUAUACUAAGGUUCAAUCAAGUGCCUCUUACGGAAGAGUCUGAAGACACUGACAACAGUUUACCAGACAUCAGCCCUGACGAUCUGCAACCCAACAGUAAUGGAUUAGGUAAACUGGAGAGGUGUAUCAGUGAGUGGUCGAGCUGGUUGAAGACAGCGGCCGAGAGGCGCUCGGACCCGGACGAGCAGUGGGACCCGGACGAGCGACCCACUGGCCUUGCUAGGAUGGUGGCGCGCAAUCAUCUACUGAACUCUUCGAACUAUUCUCUGAGCUCGUUGUUCAGCGUGGGCUCCGUGGGCGGCUCCGUGGCCGGCUCGGUGGCCAGUCUGCAAGGAUCUACCAGGUCGAGCGUGCACGGCCCGCGCAAGAAGCUGCCCUCGUGGCAGGGCCCGCCGUGCCUCACGUCUCUGUACCAGAUGCUCAUCGCUCCUUUCGAAGACUUGCUGCCCACGUCUUGCAACAAUAACCAUGCAUCGCACGGGCGUCGCGGCUGCGGCGGUCGGCGCGAGCUGGUGCUGGUGAUCGAGGGCGCGCUGUACACGUGCCCGUGGGGCGCGCUGCGCGGCGCCGACUCCGAGCCGCUGUGCGAGCGGUACGCGCUGCUCGCCGCGCCCGCGCUGCGUCACCACCGCCACCAGCGACGCGCCGCCAACGCGAGACAUCACGAACAUGGUGCCAGCGGCGUUCCCGGCAGCUCGGAGUCUGGCAUGCGCUGCCUGGUGGUGGGGCUGGCGCGCGUGGGGUCGCGCUGGGCCGCGCCGCCGGCCAUGCUCAAGGAGGCCGACCUCGUUGCCGACAUGCUGCGGGUCACCCCGCUCACUGACUACCAGGCGUCCAAGGAAGCUGUUCUGGCACAGCUACCUCAGGCAGAAUGCGUACACUUCGCCACCCACAUCUGCUGGAAGACGCCGGCUAUUGUGCUCAGUCCAGGGGAAGUGGUUGAUUCGCAAGCCAAACGAUUGCUGAAUACUAGCGUUGGCAGCGCCGCUGAUACUUCCACUGAAAACGAAGAAGAAAAUGCGGAUUUACCUCCAAGCAACGAAGAAUUACCUCCCGCUUCAGAAUAUAUGCUGACCGCAGCAGAGAUCAUGAAUUUGAAGAUAACUGCAAGAUUGGUGGUGAUAUCGUGCGCGGCGUCGAAUGCGGCCCUGCAAGGCUCGGAGGAGAGCGAGGCGGAGGCGGAGGCGGGCGCGGGGGUGUCGCGGCUGUGCCGCGCGCUGCUGGCGGCCGGCGCGCAGGCCGUGCUGCUCACGCUGUGGCCCGCGCCGCAGGACACCGCCACCAAGAUCCUGUACAGGGCGCUCUAUUCUGCGCUGCUGCAAGGGACCAGGGUCGCCAAGGCCCUGGGCGACGCGAUGCAGACAGUGCGGCACACGAAGCACUUCGCGCACCCGGCGCACUGGGCGGGGCUGGUGCUGCUGGGCGCCAACGUGCGCCUCAGCAACAAGGUGGCGCUCAUGGGGCAGGCGCUCUGCGAACUGUUGGCCGCGCCUGACAAGUGCCGAGACGCCCUGCGGGUGUGCCUGCACUUGGUAGAGAAGUCGCUGCAGAGAAUAGUGCGCGGCCAGAAGAACGCCAUGUACACCACGCAGAAGAGCAUCGAGAACAAGGCCAACAACGCCACGGGCUGGAAGGAGCUGCUCAUGAGCGUCGGCUUCAGAUUCGAACCAGCUGCCAACGGGAUCCCAUCGAGCGUAUUCUUCCCACAAAGCGACCCAGAAGAAAGGCUCACCCAAUGUUCUGCGAGUCUCCAGGCUCUACUAGGGUUGACCCCCACUACACUGCAAGCGCUGUCGAAGUUGAUAGCCAACGGUGACGUGGCCGACGACAUCAUCGGCGUCAUCCGCUCCGUCAUCUCGCAGUUCUCGGUGAAGAAUGCGGAGAAUGAGAUGAUUGAGGUCGCUGUUAACGUCAGGUUAUGGCGUGUGAACGGCUGCCACGAGCUGCUGGCGUCGCUGGGCUUCGACCUGGCCGAGGUCGGGCAGGACGCGGUGACGCUGCGCACCGGCAAGGCCGCCAACCGCAGGCACGUGCAGUUCGUGCUGCAGGCCCUGCUAGCGCUCUUCGAUACCCAAGAAGCGCCAAGAAGCCUCAGUCUGGAAUCGAGUUCCAGCGUAGAGUCUCUUGCUUCUCUCGACGACGGAGACUUGGAGCCGCAUUCUGACGGAGAACCACCGCCAAGGCAACACAGACAAGACAGCGUAUCAUCAGUACCGCCUCCACCACUACCUCUCGGGUCCUGCGGCGGUGCUUUCACUAUGUACGUGCGAGGGUCUGCCGCUUCCUCAGAAGUGGGGCGAGGGGAGCCCGACGGCCGGACAGCCCCUCCCCCCGCCCCGCCGCCGCCCAGAUACCGCGGGGAGAGUGACGCAGCGUUCACUCCGUCGCCGCCAGCCGCGCCGCAACCCACUGCGGCGCCCCCCAGAGACGUCUCCCUGGCCUUGGCACAUCAAACUAAGAUUCGAACUCUUUACACCAGAAGACCACCUUCAGACGAAUCCGACUGGGAGAGCUCUGGCCAUGACACUGUUCUUAGACGCCGACCGGAACAUGCGCAUGCGAGAUAUUUAGACGUUUUCUAUGAUUUGGCAUCUUCGCAACCGAGAAGAACUGAAGAGGACAAGACUGAUCAGGCACUGAGCCAACCGUCUACUUCAAAACGCGUUCCGAGACCAAAAAUGGGCACGAGUAGUCGCGACUCCAUGGCUCAAGUGAGACACAUGAGUGGUGAACUGACACCCACGAUAUCUGAAGUAUAUCACGAAAGAAAUAUAGGCCUAGGACUCGCCCCGCCAUUGGCCGAGUUGCUUCUUGCAGAAGACUCGAAGACUGAAAUGAGAGCAGCCAGUUCUAGCGAAAACCUUUUGCUGCAAAACUUGGAGAAAUUGGGACUUCUUGGAGAAGCCAGUGAGAGGGACGACAGAUGGUGCACAACGAAUACCUCCCGACCUUGGCUCUCUACGACACCGUUAGAGACAGACGUCCAGGGUUCGGAUUUGACGACGGCCGAAAUUAUCGAACGUCAAACGAAAUUCAAGAAAGACGAGCCUAAGAGAAAAGAAGAGAACGCCUAUGAAUUAAAACCUAAAGAGGAAACACCUGGGCCGAGUGUGUUAGAGAAACGAUCUGUGUCACCUUUUUCGGAACUUUCUCGAAGGGAUGAGGGAGACGGCAGGAGUAUCGCCGAUUCCCACUCGUCGUACAAGGCAUUAGUGUUGAGCCCCCGAGCGCCAUAUUUGCCUGAAGAGGGCGAGGCGCCGGUAACGAGCACUGAAGUUGGGAAGACUCACCCGCGCCCCCGACGCCCGCCAGUUCCUAGAACGAGGCCUGCCUAUACUACUUUAGAUUUUCCUCCAAACAAAUUAUAAACUGAUAAAUAUGUAAGUAUAUCAGUGUCCAGUGAUCUGUUUACAUAUACUGUUUACUAUGUAUUUGCAAUAUAUUUUUUUUGUAUAUAAUGUAACCGAAUGCAAUAAUAAAGUGAAAAUGUAGGUUUUGUAAAUACGAAAUUUUAAUUUUCGUUACCUUAUUAAGUGAAAAGAAAACUUUAGCUAUAUUUGCUUAUUGGCUAUGAAUACUAUGUAGACAUCCUAAUAAAAUACUCUGAAAUGCAAUAACGUUACAUUCAGUUUUAAUUAUAAUUUACUUCAACGGCAUUAGUAGUAAGUAUAAUAAGUGCGCUAUUUAUUUGUAACAUACCUAAAUAAUCCUUGUAAAUUGUAGUUUUAACAUUUACUCGCAUUAUAAUACUUGCCAUUUAUAUAUUGUUUUUGUUCUGUAAAUAGCUAGAAAAUAAACGCAUUUUAAU